GGUGACCUUUUCACAGGGGAGGAAAGACGUUUAAACUUCAGAUGAUCUUAAUGUGGAGAUACAAACUCAAGCAUCAAACAGGUGGUCUGUGCCUGUGGUUUUGAGGUCCAUAUCCCAUGGUCUUGGAGUAGGACCAUAAGCAGAAAGGUCCCUGCAGAGUCCAUGCUGUCUGUACAAGAGACAUUUAUUUUCUGUGCUCAUAUGUCUCUGGCGGAUAAAAAAGUCAUUCAUCUGCGAAGUGCACACCAGAUUUCCAAGGAGAAGGAGUUUUCUAACCAGUCUGCUGAAGAGGGCACAAAAUCGUGGAACUGCCUCAACUGGCAAAAGACACAGUAACUCUAGUCUUGGGAUUUGACUGAAUGACUUCUGCUGCUGAGUGAAGUGGCUGCUGGAUUUACUUUCUCAGGAUUGCAUGCAUUUUACUCAAACUUCCUGGUGGAAACUAUGCUGAUAGUGUUUUCUUAGCAGGGUGACAGCAGCUGGCAGGGCCCAACCACUUCAACCUCCAUCAAUCUGACUGGCCAAACAGGGAGCUAGCUGGGAAGCUAGAUAAAAGCCCCCGUUUAAAAGUUGAUCAGAUUUAGUUAAUCAAAGAGUCAAUGUUUCUAAAUUUCCUCCACAUGAAUCUUCAUGCAUCCAGCUUUGUAUUCUGGUACAGAAUGAAGUCAUUAAAUAUAUAAAGAAAAGUUUCUGUAGAUCAUGAUACACACUUCCCAUGCCAUCCAGUGACUAAAUGAAGUUGAGGCUGAAUAAAAUGCUGACUUAAUAAAAUUUCAGGAUAAAAUCCCCCAAAAUUGGGAAGACACCUCAAAUUGAUUAAAAAACAGCUCCAUCUCAUUACUUACUCCAAAAAAUCAAACUCUGCUUCUGAUGGUGAUUCACUUUAGUGACUUCACAGGCUUGACUUCUGAGUUCUUUCCAAUGUGGAUGUUUCCCUGUGAAACAGCUGAUCUACAGAAACAUUUUAUGCUACUGUGUUCUAAAUCAAUAGUGCUGUUUUGUUAGGGGUUUCUUCCUUCGUGUAUUUGAACAAGUAAUAAGCAUAGUAAGUUUGGAAGCCUGACAAGACCGAACAAUCAGCUCUGGGCAGACACCCCAAGAGGAGACCCAGACCUGGAUCAGGAUGCUAGCAAAAAGCAGUCAGUGUAUUGCUCUUCAUUCAAGUACUACGCAGUUACUUUGAGAGCCAGCCUGGGAUCUUGAGGCAGGCGGGAGCCACAUGCAGGGUGCAGGCGAGACCGGACGGCACUGAUCUCCCGGGCGCAGCGCGAUGAGGGACGAGUGGGGCCGCGGCGCGGCUCGAGGAGAGGAGUCUCGUCCCCGCCGACUCGCCGGACCUUCCUGCGAGCCCCGAGAUCAGACUUGUCAGUGUGAUGGGUCUCGGAGAGGAGCCCAGCGUCGCCUCUCCGCUUGUGGGCAGCAGGAGCCUUCAUUCAGCGCAAGGCAGUUGAAUCCCGCCCGCGACGGAGCAAGGAACCGGGGCGAAAUUUAUUACUUCAUUCCUAGAACGUCGCUUCCACCUGAGAGCGAGUUUGAGCAGCCGGCUCUGGAUUUUAUAUUUGCUUCUCCGCAAACCAAGGUUAGUCGGGUGGCUUUGGCUUUUUUGGGAAGGAGCCCUGAUUCGGCCCCGCCGUGUGCGAUGGAUUGAGGCGUGCCCGGCUGCGCCCGAGCCCGGCCCCCGCCUGCAGCCCACACAGAUGCGAUGGGAAAUCGGGGGCUCUUCUGCACUCUCUGUUACCUGAUGUUCAACGUACCUCUGCUGUUCAUCGUCACCGCUACCUUUACUGAAGUUCCCAAAGAUGUCACUGUUAGGGAGGGAGAUGAUAUUGAGAUGCCUUGUGCUUUCCGAGCCAGCGGAUCCACCUCUUACUCCUUGGAAAUCCAGUGGUGGUACCUUAAAGAACCGGCCAGAGAGCUUGCACACGAAUUAGCCAUCAGUGUCCCCGGCAGCAGGAGCAAGGUAACAAAUAAGGAUGCAACCAAAAUCAGUACGGUCCGCGUCCAAGGCAACGACAUCUCGCACCGGCUGCGGCUCUCGGGCGUGCGGCGGCAGGACGAGGGCGUUUACCAGUGCCGCGUGGCGGACUACAGCGACGACGAGACGCAGGAACACAAGGCCCAGGCACUGCUGCGUGUUCUCUCCCGCUUCGCGCCUCCCGACGUGCAGGCGGCCGAGGCAGUCUCGCACAUCCAGAGCGGCGUGGCGCCGCGCCGCCACGGUCCGGUCGCACGGCCCACUUCACCGCCGGGUCCUGGCAAGCGCCCGCAGCCGCCGCCGCCCCUGGCCGAGGGAGAUACUUCUGCCGCCACUGCCACCGCCUCGGCGGCGGCCGCCUCCUCGGCCUCGCCACCACCCGGACAGGCCGCCAUCCUCCGCCAGCAGCACGGGUCAGGUACAGGACCUAUUUAUGCUACAGACCCACUCCUAUAUAUGUCCCUGUUAAUACUGCAUAAGCUUGUACAUUUAUUAGUAAACCACUGACAGACUGCUGCCUCCACUCCUCAGCCAAACAAAAAGGAACCUAUUUAAAAACAGAACAAACCCCUGACAAAAUAAAAAGUUACUUGCAGUUUUAAAGAUGGACAGAAAGAGACUGAAGAAGCAUGAUAAAUUCUACAUGGGGGGAAGAACAUAUUUUUGGGGAUGCCACAGAAAAGUAAACCACAUAGAGUCUGAAAACUAGAUGCAUUAUUCUAUGGUGUAAAGCCCUGCUCUGUGCAUGGCACUUAUAAUUUCUCUAUUUUAAUGUUUGUUUUUUCUUUUCUAAACCUUCCCUCUGACUCUUCAUUUUGCACGAACUGUUGAGCAGUUAUCUUUAUGACAAUAUGUAAAGAUGUUGGGUCAAAGCCCUUCCUAAGAAAGGAAAUAUUUUUAGUAGAUUAUUGUGUUUAGGUUUUUUGGAUUUCCUUUUCUUUUUUAAUUAAUUUAUUUCUUUUGGAGACAUUUUAAUUGAAAGGUACAUCUUACCAUAAUUAAUAUUCACUGUCAAUAAUAUUUAUUUUUAAAUGAAGACUGGAAACAAGGUAAGACAUUUGUUUAUAAACUGUAUUGUAUAUUGCUGAAUAACAGUUGAAUAAAAAGAUUUUGAAAUAAAGUUUUUACAGACGUC